AGAUGGUGCAAAGUUCAGUUCUUCAAAAGUAAAGGAGUCAUUAUGUUGUUAAUUCUACUACCACUAGUUCUGUACAGCUCUUGUGCCUCUAGUCAGAUCCUUUAUCCACCGCAGUACACCAAUAAUCGAAUUGUGGGCGGCGAGGAAGCCCCCGAGGGCAUGGCACCUUACCAGAUUUCCCUGCAGGGAGCUGGAAAUGGAGCCCAUUCCUGCGGGGGUGCUAUCAUCGAUGAGCGGUGGAUUAUAACGGCGGCUCACUGUACAAGGGGAAGACAUGCGUCGGCUUUUCGAGUACUUACUGGCACUCAAGACCUGCAUCAUAAUGAGUCGAAAUAUUAUUAUCCUGAUAGGAUCGUAGAGCAUAGCAAUUAUGCGCCUCGCAAGUAUCGCAAUGAUAUCGCCUUGCUGCAUCUGAACGAGUCGAUUGUGUUUAAUAAUGCCACUCAGCCGGUGGAACUGGAUCAUGAGGCCUUGGUUCCCGGAUCCCGACUCCUUUUAACCGGCUGGGGAACCCUCUCCCUGGGAGGAGAUGUCCCCGCCCGUCUGCAGAGUCUGGAGGUCAACUAUGUGCCUUUUGAGCAGUGUCGAACAGCCCACGAUAAUAGCACUCGGGUGGAUAUUGGCCACGUUUGCACUUUUAAUGAUAAAGGACGUGGGGCAUGUCACGGCGAUUCCGGUGGUCCUUUGGUGCACAAUGGCAAACUGGUGGCUCUGGUCAAUUGGGGUUUGCCCUGUGCUAAAGGUUAUCCAGAUGCCCAUGCUUCCAUUGCUUACUAUCAUGACUUUAUACGCACUCACCUUAGUCUUUCUAAGACGGACAGUUCUGAUGAGAAUACAGAGGAGAUUAUCAUUGUCAAAAAUUAAGAUCUAAAAUUGAAUUGAGUUUAAGCUG